ACACUUAUUUUACUAACACUAUGGUAUUCACUUCAGUUUGACUAAUCCUUCCUGAUCACGCUACGCAGUACAUUAUUCGUCGGGCUUCGAAUUUUGUUGGAAAUAACAAAAUUUCACCUAUCGUACAAGGAUAUCAUAUAACCGAUGAUUAUGGAUAAAUUUCAAUAUUUUCGAAGAGUAACUCAUAAACGACUCUUAUCGCAUUAUCGAUUAAAAAAUAAUCAACUUCGCGAUGUAAUCUGUCCAUCCAGCCAAUGUCCCGCGAAUGCCAAAGGAAUCACUGCUGACACAUAUUCAACUAAUUUAUUGAAUUUCCUCUAUAUUGUUGAUAAACAACUUAAUUCCUUGCUGAGGCAAAGCAGAAAAGAUAUUUCUUCAAAUUCUCAACAGUUAUCACAUCUAAGAUCGCUUUGCUGUUUAAAUAAUAUUUCAUCACUUCCACUAGUCAAGCACUCAAUCUUUGGGAAAGGAAAUUCAAUUCUAGGAGAUGUUUUCAGCAGUUACCACAUGUCUUUACCUCUUAACAAAGCUCAUACACAUUGUUUCCACACUUCAUCGAGCUCAAAUCAAAAUGAAGGAAAGAAAAAUCCAAAUGAAAACGACAAAGAUGAUAAGAUUCCCAUGUUUCCACGUCUUUUCAUUUGGGUUGGAAUGAUUGUUGCUAGUUACACAAUGCUUCGACUUAUAAGUGGGACCGAUUCUAGUGUAUAUCACUUCAUCUCUUGGAAUGAGUUUUACUAUGAUAUGUUGGCUAAAGGUGAGGUUCAAGAAGUGGUCAUCCAUCCUGAAGGUGAAAUGGCAAUUAUUCGGAUAUAUGAAGGUGCUAUAAUCAAAGGAAAACCAGCUGAUUCUAAUUUAUUUGCUAUGAAAAUCCCUGAUCCAAAUAAUUUUGAAGAGAAGAUCAGAAAAGCUGAAAAAGAGCUCCAUAUCGGGAAUUCAGAUAAAAUUUCAGUUUCUUAUCACCGAGAUAGUUCUUGGACGCCUUUGAUUUUUAUGGGUAUACUUACACUAGUUGUGUUCCUACUUGCACGCAAUAUGACUAAAGUGACUUCUUUUCCAAACCCAUCUGACAUGUUUGCAAAUGAGCGGAAAGCAAGGUAUGUAAGAGUUGACGCACUCAGUCAGAAAGCCAAGAAAGUUAACUUUAAAGAUGUGGCUGGUUUAAAAGAAGCUAAAAUGGAAAUUAUGGAAUUUGUUGACUACCUCAGAUCCACCAAAAGAUUUAAGGAUCUUGGUGGAAAAAUUCCAAAAGGAGCUUUGUUGUUAGGACCUCCAGGAUGUGGUAAAACCCUGCUAGCUAGGGCUGUAGCUACUGAAGCUAAGGUUCCAUUUCUGGCUUUGGCUGGAUCAGAAUUUGUGGAAGUUCUUGGAGGUCUUGGUGCUGCCCGUGUUAGAGACCUCUUUAAAGAAGCCCGGAAGAAAGCUCCCUGCAUCAUCUACAUUGAUGAAAUUGAUGCUGUUGGACGGAAAAGAGGAGGCAGGUCAGACCUACGCUCUAAGGUGUUCAAGCCACAAAAGUCCUGUGUUAUGUUCAGCCAUAGUUUAUCCAGAAGCACAUUAUUCAAUGCUCUGUUACGACCUGGUCGAUUUGACAGACAUAUUACAAUUGAUUUGCCAACUCUAAUGGAACGACUUGAAAUUUUUGAAAUGUAUUUGAAAAAGUUAAAAUUAUCUGAAGACCUCAAUAUUAGUUCUUUAAAAUUGGCUCAACUCACUCCUGGAAUGACUGGAGCUGAUAUUGCUAAUAUUUGCAAUGAAGCAGCUCUUCAUGCUGCUAGAUAUGGCAAAAAGGCAGUGGACAGAGCUGAUUUCGAUUAUGCAAUUGAAAGAGCUGUGGUCGGUGUGGCAAAGAGAAGUAGAUUAUUAUCUCCUAAUGAAAAGCACGUUGUGGCUUAUCAUGAAUGUGGACAUGCUUUGGUUGGCUGGUUAUUAAAAUAUACUGAUGCCCUCUUAAAGAUAUCAAUAGUUCCCAGAACAAACAGUGCAAUGGGAUUUAUUCAGUACACACCGUCUGACCAGAAACUUUAUUCUUCAGAGGAGUUAUUUGAAAGAAUGUCUAUGGCUCUCGGUGGACGAGCAGCAGAAGCAAUUAUUUUCAACCAUGCCACUACUGGUGCUCAAGAUGAUCUAAAAAGAGUUACAAAACUAGCGUAUGAUCAAAUCCAAUCUUAUGGCAUGAAUAAACGUCUUGGAUAUUUGUCGUUUCCAAAUGAACAAGAAAAGGGGAUGAAAACAAAACCAUACAGUAAGAAAUUAGCAGCUUUAAUUGACGAGGAAGCAAAGAAACUUGUCGCUCAAGCUUACCAACAUGCGGAGAAUGUUCUCGUAAAGAACAAAGAUAAACUUCAUUUGCUAGCAACAGCUUUAUUAGAGAAAGAAGUAUUAACCUAUGAAGAUAUUGAAUUAUUAAUUGGUCCACCUCCAUACGGAAAGAAAGAAACCAUAGAACAGAAUAUUCUGGGAGGGAAAGACAGUCCCUGAACGGAACAUUCCAAUGACUGGAGACCAAAUUUUCUUAGCCUGUUUGUUAUGAAGUGUUUUAAAUAUAGGAAUAAAAUUUAUUUAUUUAAGAAGAA